GGGGGGUGUGUACUGUCACUGUUUGAGCUUCUGUUACGUAAAGCCGCUUGAUGCUGUGACCACCAGGCAGAGGAGCUUCAAGAUUUGCCCUUCCAGACCUAUUGGCAGACUGCGGGCCGAAGAUCAAGCAGUGUUUCCAUAGGAAGGAUUUUAAAGCGCAAAGAUGGCGGCUUCCUUGCUGAGGAUAGGGCGACUUGGCUCUCUCAAGUGCGUGCAUGCGGAGAGCUGGGGCUCUUUGAGGAGAGCUCCUGCAGCUGUUGCCUUAUGCACGAAUGCUGGUGGUCCCAAGAAGCCCAAGAAGAGCAGUUCAGAGAAAAAGUCCCAGGGCAAAACAUACUUCGAUAUAGAGAAGCUUGUCCCACACAGAACAUAUGUGGAAUUUCCCAGGAAAGACGUGACACCAGCAGCUGCUGCCGCAGCAGAACUUGCUGCCACCCUCAAACCUUUUGAAGCAGUUGCCGCAGAGCCAAUUGUCGCCGCCACUGAAGCUGUAGCAGCUCCCGCUGCAGUUGUAGAAACCGUUGCCCUCUCAGGUGAAGCAGUUGCUGAAGCCGCUGCACCGACUCCAGCCGCUGCUCUGGCAGCUGAAGCUGCCCCCAUUGUUGAAGCCAUUGCAGUUGAAGCCAUUGCAGUUGAAGCCAUUGCAGCCGAAGCCAUUGCAGCCGAAGCCACUCCCGUUGUUGCUGCUGAAGCUGCCCCCGCUGUUGAAGCCAUUGCAGCUGAAGCUGCCCCCGUUGUUGCAGUUGAAGCCAUUGCAGCCGAAGCCACUCCCGAUGUUGCUGCUGAAGUUGCCCCCGCUGUUGAAGCCAUUGCAGUUGAAGCCAUUGCACCUGAAGCUGCCCCCGUUGUUGCAGCUGAAGCCGUUGCAGUUGAAGCCACCCCUGCCUUUGAAACUGCUGCUGCAGCCGACGCUGCCACACCCGCUGUUGAAACUGCCACUGAAGACGCACCCGCUGUCGAAGCCAUUGCACCCGCUGAAGCCGUUGCACCAGCAGCUGAAGCCCCAGUAGAGGUUGCCCAUGCAGAAGCUGCCCCUGUUGAAGCUGCGGCUGAAGCUCAUGUUGAAGCCGUAGCAGAGAUUCCAGUAGAAGCUGACCCAGUUGAAGCUGCUGCAGAAGAUGUGGCUGAAGCUGCCCCCGUUGAAGCUGCAGCCCAUGUUGAAACCGUAGCAGAGGCUCCAGUAGAAGCUGACCCAGUUGAAGCUGCUGCAGAAGAUGUGGCUGAAGCUGCCCCUGCUGAAGCUGCAGCCGAAGCCCCUGUUGUAGCUGAGCUUGUGGCUGAAGCUACUGCUGAGGUUGUGGCUGAAGCUACUGCUGAGGUUGUGGCUGAAGCUACUGCAGAGGUUGUGGCUGAAGCUACUGCAGAGCUUGUGGCUGAAGCUACUGCAGAGGUUGUAGCUGGAGCUGCCCCCAUUGACGCUGCCACUGAGGAGCUGGUAGACACCUCCCCUGUAGUGGCGGAGGCUGCAGGAGAGGAGCUGAUUGCAGAGGCCCCGUCUGAUGCAGUACCGAUUGAGGCUUCUGAGGCUCAACUGGACCCCAUCCAGAAGCUAUUCCUGCAUUCGAUCCGCGAGUAUUCCUCAAAGAGCGCGGCUAGUGGUGGUUUGGUAGAUGCAGGCCCUGCAUAUGAGAAGAACUUGGCAGAAGAGCUGACUAAACUCCAGAGGCUGUAUGGCGGUGGUGACCUCACAGCUUUUCCAGAGUUCAAGUUCCCAGAGCCCAAGUUGGAGGAAGUUGCCCCCAAGUAAACAUCACCAGUCAACUUUUCUGUUGUCUUUUCCUGUCAAUCUGUUCUUUGAAGCGGACAUCUAGUAAUAAAUUACGUAGGCUACUAUAUCUAAUCAAGGCUAAAAUAAUGUUCAUUCAUUUUGUUUGUGGGGUAUACAGCUGUUUCCGUGUAUCUAGAAAUGUUCUUGCAAAUUAGUCUGUAUUAGACGUACGUGUUGGAGGACAAGCUGAUGCUGCACUUUGAGCUGUGAAAUAUGCUUUUGCAUAGGAUGAAGAUCCAGAAAUGUUUUAAGUUGGAUAAGGGAAAAAUAAACUCUGAUCCAUAUUGUUUUA